CCCGCCUUCUCCCCUACAUCCUCUUCAGUAACUAUCACUUAUUCCAUCAUGGCAUCAAUGGCCGAGACUCUCGUCCUGGUCCCCUCUGGUCAGAACAACGGUGUGGUGAUCUCUGCUCCAGCCACUGCACCCCGCAACGUGCCCACCGAACUCGCCUACUAUAGCGAGCCCGGGCCUCGACCUCCAGUUUACAUCACAAACGAGAAAACCCGGAUCAAAAACACCAACAAAUUCCAGCCCGCUACUGUGUAUGAUGUGCGUGGAUCGGGCGUGGAACACACACUCGAUGUCUCUGGCAUCCAGUUCGUGAAGCAAGAGAGCAAGUUGAGUUUGCAAGAGUUCGAUGAUGAUGAGAAGAUUAAGGCGGCUUAUUAUGUUGAAAUUGAGGAGUUGUUGAAGAAUGUAACUGGCGCGAGUAAAGUGAAGAUCUUUCAUCAUAUUGUGAGGAAAGCGCACACGCAUUUCCUUUAUCUUGAACACGAUGCUGCCGAGGAGGGGGAUUCGUCUAAAGGUGGGGAAGCUACCAAGGAAAGGGUCACUACCAAAGACGAAGAAGCUACCAAAGAAGGAUGCACACCCAAAGACGUCGCAACCGCAAGGAAGGGCCCAGAAAUUUCCGCCGAACUCCAAGGCCCCGUCCGCGGCGCCCACGUCGACCAGUCCUAUAACUACGCCCCCGAACUCGUAAAAGUCCAUUUCCCCGGCGACGAAUCCGAGCGCCUCCUCAAGUCCCGCUUCCAGAUUAUCAACGUCUGGCGGCCUCUCAAGACGAUCUUCAAAGAUCCGUUUGCUGUCCUGGAUGCGCGGACUGUGCUGGAAGAAGAGCUAGUGAAUAUUAAGAUCAUUUAUCCAACGUAUGAGUUUGAGAGUGUUGAUGUGCGAGGGCCAUCGGAAGAGAGGAAGGAGAAGGAGGGGGGUGAAGGGCAUAAGUGGUGGUAUAUGUCCCAGCAGAGCCCAGAAGAUUUUUUGUGCUUUAAAAUUUUCGAUUCGAAGACUGAUGGGAGGGCGAGGAGGGUGCCGCAUACUUCGUUUACAGAUCUCGAGUUUGAGGAUAGAGAUGCGAGGAUGAGUGUUGAGGUUCGGGCGUUGGUUUUUCAUGAGGAUGAUGUGGAGUGAUUUAUUAUCUUAUGAUUAAUUUAUGGCAAAGGUCUUUCCAGAAGCUGCAAAUGUUGAGCUAAAUGUUAAUAGAUGAAUAUCUGGAAGGCGAG